CCCCAAGAUGCUGACCAACAUCCUGACUGGAUACAAGACCAUCACUCUCCCAGGCUGUUUCCUACAAAGUUUCCUCUAUUUCUUCCUGGGCACCACAGAGUUCUUCCUUCUGGCAGUGAUGUCCUUUGACAGGAAAGUGUUCCAGCAGAGAUGCUAUGAUGGGGCAGAAUCAACAGAAACUUCCUGAAAAACUGGUGACCCCAGAAGUUCUGGGGAACGCCCAGAGAUGAGCUAUCUGGGGAUGUUGGUGACCAAGGAGUCACGGAGCAUUUCUUAAGGAAGACUGGUUGUUGGAAAACAUGGAGGUUUGGGACACGUGCGGUACAAAGAGGACAGGGCCCGCCUAUGUCCAUGACCUUCCGACCAUGUUACAGCUCUGGAGCUUCCUUCAUUUUGAAUCCCUGGUGGAUCCCCCAAGAAACAUAAUCCUUGGGCAACAUUGCAGAGCCAGGAGCUUCCUCUGAAAACCAGGAGUCUCCAUCUUCACAACUGCCUUGAAGACAAUAGAACACCUCACCUGGCAGCUAAUGAGUUCCAAGUGUCCUUGGGUCGCCAGAGCAUCCCUCCUCCUGAUGCUGCACACCUCUGAUUGGCCACCCUCAGCAGAGGUCAGAGGAGCCAUGAGGAACCACACCACUGUCACCGAGUUUGUCCUGCUGGGACUCUCAGAUGCCUGUGAGUUGCAGAUGCUCAUCUUCCUGGGGCUGCUGCUGACCUACCUCCUCACUCUGCUGGGGAAUCUCCUCAUCGUGGGCAUCACCCUCGUGGACAGGCGCCUCCACACCCCCAUGUACUACUUCCUCCGCAACUUUGCUGUCCUGGAGAUCUGGUUCACCUCGGUCAUCUUCCCCAAGAUGCUGACCAACAUCCUGACUGGAUACAAGACCAUCACUCUCCCAGGCUGUUUCCUACAAAGUUUCCUCUAUUUCUUCCUGGGCACCACAGAGUUCUUCCUUCUGGCAGUGAUGUCCUUUGACAGGUAUGUGGCCAUAUGUAACCCCUUACGUUAUGCAACCAUCAUGAGCAGAAGGGUCUGUAUACAGCUGGUUCUUUGUUCAUGGAUGGCAGGAUUCCUUCUCAUUGUCUUUCCAAGUUCCAUCAUACUUCAGCAGCCAUUUUGUGGCCCCAACGUCAUUAACCAUUUCUUUUGUGACAACUUUCCACUCCUGGAACUCAUAUGUGCAGACACAAGUCUGAUAGAGCUUCUGGGUUUUAUUGUGGCCAACCUCAGUUUGCUGGGCACUCUGUCCGUGACGGCCACCUGCUACGGCCACAUCCUCCACACCAUCCUGCGCAUCCCCUCGGCCAAGGAGAGGCAGAAAGCCUUCUCAACCUGCUCCUCCCACAUCAUUGUUGUGUCUCUCUUCUAUGGCAGCUGCAUCUUCAUGUACAUCCGGUCAGGCAAGGGAAAUGAGGGGGAGGACAGGAACAAGGUGGUGGCCUUGCUCAACACUGUGGUGACCCCGAUGAUCAAUCCCUUCAUCUACACCCUCAGGAAUAAACAAGUGAAGCAGGUGUUUAGCAAGCAAUUAAGCAAGCUCUUCUCAUAAAGAUAAGCUGGGCCUGAAUGGGGAAAAUUUGUUCCUUGCCUGAACCUCUAACAAAUG